AAAGUGGACGGUCGCUUCGCGUUUGGACAUACAGUACAGGCGACAUGCUGGCUCAGACAUGGACACUCAACAAGAGACGGUCAGAAAGAAAAAGAAAACGCCGCACACGACUGUGCAGAAAGUGUGUGAGCGAGUUCUCCCAGCCUUCGCUACCCCAGUCCUCUUCAGCGGCCCCCAAGAGUUUCGCGUCGCCAAGCUUUUCCUGGGAUCGUGCUUCGGCGCCAUCUGCGGUGCAGUGUUGUACUUUGGUCUCCUUCACAAAAUCUCCAUACAUGAAGAGCACAGAAUCCCUGUUUUCUGCACUUUGAUUGGUCUGUGUAGUCUGGGCUGUGCGCUGUCAUCCUAUGUCCGCUGCUCCUUCCUGCUGAUUGUUCCCAGCACACUUGGGUCUCGGGGGCGGUCCUACUUGAUGGUAUUCCUCCUGGCAGGUCUCUUCCAUGGUGUUGUUUUGUGCUGUUGGACAGGACCCAUCUCCAACAUCCAUCACAAUGUGCAGGACAUCGCCCUCUCUCUGGGAUGCAACAUGGAGCUGCAGAUGAACCACAGCAGGGUGAUGUGGAGGGUGCUGAUGGAGCCCUUCAAGAAGGUGGUGCAGGACAUUGCAGGGCAAAAGGACAAGUUUGAGCAGGAAGCCCAGGCGGUGCGAAGGAGGUUCCAGGAAGUGAGGGAGCAGGUGCUGGGGGAGUAUGGGUACAGUGCUCUGCCCCGGGAGCCCACUCUCAGGGGCCACAGCACCCAGGACAUGUUUGCUGCCAAGACCAUGCUGCGCUGUGACUCUGUGGUGGAGGAGGGGAUCUCUCGCUGUCGGCUCUGGUUCCACGGGAAGUGGGAGGAGUGUAUGCGCACCAUCGCUGUCCCGCUGCUCAACCACCUGCUGUGUCUGCCUAUGACCUUCAGCUUCCUGUGUGACAUCAUGAGAGUCAUGACCCCCUGGUGCAGAGAGAGGAUCCCAGUGGAGGGUAACUUCGGGCAGACGUACGACAAGCUGAACGCCUCCAUCGAGAGCCUGGGAGAUGGCUUCAGCACCACUGUAGUCUUCAGGAAGACCGAGCAGCAGACUUUGCUAGGGACAGCUUUCUCCCAGGCCCAGAUCAGAGAGGAGCUCCGACAGACCUUCCUGGAGAAGAAGCUUGUGAUGGAGCAGCUGGUGGACUUCAUCCAACUGCUACUGUCCUGCACCUUUGUCUUCAUCCUCCUCUCGGCGUAUGGAUACACCAGGAACUACCUCCGAGACGUUCGCUUUGACAACGUCUACGUCACCACCUACUUCCGGCAGAUUGACGCUCGCAGAAGGCAACUGGGAAAACGACACCUGCUGCCACUGAAGAAGGCAGAGAAGCCUGACUUCAUCUUCCCCUGGAGCCCCUGCGCGCACUCCUGUGAGCUCCGGAUUCUCGUGCUUGGCCUCCUGCAGGUCAUCCCUCUGUGCCUCUUCAUAGGAACCUUGCUGGCCGUCGACUGGCUCCUCUACCGGAUAUUUACCAUCAUCCGCUCCCACUCCUACACUCAAUACUCCUUCACCAGUUCCCACCACAUUGAGAUCACCAUAGGGGGCCAGUCCAUGAUGGCCACUCUGCUGCGGAAAACCAUCGGGGCCUUCAACAUCUCCUCCAGCAUGGACAUGAGGACCAGCAACACGCACUGUCUGCCCCAGCCUCGCGCCCUGAGCCAAUCAGCGUACCUGUGGAGUACCCUGCCCCUCCUGCUGAUGGUGCUGCUGUGCUGGGUGCAGAUUUACAGUAACCGGCUUCGGAGAGUCAUCGCUGCCUUCUUCUUCCCCAAGCGGGAGAAGCAGCGCGUGCUCUUCCUGUACAACGAGCAGCUGCGCAGGCGGAUGUCCUACGUGCAAACGCAGCGCCAGAGGCUGAUCAGACAGGCGAGGGCCGGCCAGGCCGCGGGCAGGGUGAGCGCGGUGCUCUCCUCUCUGUGCGGCAGGCUGGGGUGUCAGCGCAGGGGGUGCUGUGUGUGUGGGGAGCCGCAGAGAGAGGGAGGUGUGGUGUGUCCUCUCCAGAGCUGCGGUGCUGUCUACUGCCUCCAGUGCUGGAGGGACCUGGGGCAGUUCUGUUUUGCCUGCACAGCCCUGUCCCAGCACAUGUCCGGAGAGAGCAACAGUGACGCAGAGACCAGAUAUGCAGAGUAGACAGACAUAAACACAGCGACAUACUCACACACUGACCUACACUCCUGUCCCAGCACACCUUCAGAGUCAGUAACAGUGACACAGAGUACAUACUCAUAUACACGUAGACAAACUGUAUACACACACCUCUGGAGAGAGUCACAUGACACAGACACCAGAUACUCAUACACACAUAGACAAAGUGACAUACACUACACACACACAAUGACAUGCACCUCUGGAGAGAGUCACAUGACACAGACACCAGAUACUCAUACAAACAUAGACAACGUGACAUACUGUACACACACACAAUGACAUGCACCUCUGGAGAGAGUGACAGUGAUAGACACCAGAUACCCAGAAUAAACAAAGGCCUCAUUGGCACUGUCAUUGUUGUCAUGAUCCUUGAGGAAUACAGUGCAGAUAUUUUAGGUCUGUUUAAAAUGACCAGAUAAUAACCCAUGGGGAUUAUCCAGUGAUGGUGGUGAUGGAGAACUGAACUUUAGUUAAUUGACCUAAUUAAAGCUGAACGGGGUCACAUCCAAAGGUUUUCACCUGUCAACAUUUUAAAUAGACCUAUGUGCUCAAGAGUUCAGUGCCCCAGCUAGAUAAGGACCAUGAUAUUUCUUUACAGUUAAAAGGCCUGGGGCUCCCAGUAAAACAGUGAUUUAGCCCUUAAGUACAGACCGUUUGGACUGGUUUUGCAUACCACACACAAAUCCUGGAUUUGCAUAGCUAAAUUAAGAUUAGAUUACAAUGUUACAAUCGUGGCAAUCCAUGAUUAGCGUAAUCAAGGUUUGUGCAACUACUGCAAUACUACUUAAAGGACUGGGGCUGUCCAGGAACAAUGUAAUUAAUUAAAUCAAUUAGCGACUCAAUUGGCCCAAUUUCCUUUUCUUUAAUCCUUGACAAUUUGGAAUUUCUAAUACCAGCAACCCCGGUAUUCGAUGUAUUUGAUCUCCAGGUCAAAGUGUAGCAGACCCUUGCAGUAACACAUGACAGAGAGAGCCAAACGUGAUCACACACAGCGACUAGCAUUAGCACACACACCGACACGAAUCAGCGUGAAACGAGCACCCUGACUGACAAAUGCACACUGGGACAGAUGUUUUAAACACACCCAGAGGAACGUACAGUACACUCAGAACUGGAACACACACAGAGAAACAGAAAGGACAGAAACACGCAAAAAGAAAACACAAGGAUUUGUGAUACACAAGCACUAGCAGAGAGUCAGGAACACAGACAGGAUUUCCUUGAGACUUCAAAGAUUUAUAUAUAUUAAAGACAUGUUGGACUCCA